AUGGAGGUUUUGCUCAAAGACACCAAAGGUGUGUCACCCGAGACUAUCAUCUCCAUCAGAGCAGGCUCCACACGUCGCCAGGUGCCAGUGUCUCUGGCAGACAAGCCAUUCAAGUUCCCAUGUCAGCUGUCGGAGUGUGGUGCCAUCAAGGUCGACUUCAUGACUGUCACGGCAUCGGCACGGGCCAUUCUCCGACCCGAAGGCGAGCAGGAUGUCCAACUGAAAAUGGUCAAGAAAAGCUCUUCUGAGGAGGCUGUGCCUGCUGAAGAGGCAGAGGUCUCCUUGUUGGUGCGAAGCUCAUCAGGAGAGGGGGCUUCAACAGCAGUGUCUCCGGAGGAACGUGCUGCAAAGAAGCGAGGUUUGGCAAGUGCAACAGAAGAGUAUCUUUCAAAGCAUGGGGUGCUCACCUUCAUUCAGGGUGUGCUGCAAGGUGUCAUCCGAGACAGGCCCGAAGAUCCCUACAAGUACGUUGCAGAUCAGUUUGCCUCGGCCUCUGUCUCGAAGAAGGCUCCGACCUUGGAGGAGAUGCGACAGACAGCCCGAGAUGCGCUGCUACAGGGGGCAAAAUCCGGCAAGCUGCUGGAGGUCCUUCGCGAGAGCACUCCCAAAGCCUCCAGCCCGAAGGCAGAUGGAGCGGAGGUGGAGGCUUCUGUUGAUGAGCUGCGGCAGCUAGCCAGGGAUGCCUUAUUGAGAGGUGCGCAGUCGGGCAAACUCUUUGAUGUGCUGGCUGAGAGCAGCGCCAAGAAAGAGCAAGCGAACAAGAAAGCGGACGAAGAUGUAGACAAGUUGCGGCUUCAGGCUCGCGACUUGCUAUUGGAAGGCGCUCAGAACGGAAAGUUGUUGGAGGUCCUGCAAGGCACUCCUCCUCAACAGGAGUCAGCCGAGUCAUCAAACGACGUGGACAAAUUGCGCCAGCAGGAGGGAGCAAAGUCCGGCAAACUGUUUGACGUGCUGGCCCAGACACCUAAGCAAGCAGUCAGGGAGGAUGAGGCAGCCGAGAUAGAUGCACUGCGACAGCAGGCGCGUGACUUGCUGCUGGAAGGUGCUCAGAGCGGAAAGUUGUUGGAGGUCUUGCAAGGCACUCCUCUACAGGAGUCAGCUGAGUCAUCAGACGACGUGGACAAGUUGCGCCAGCAAGCGCGUGAAGCACUUCUGGAGGGAGCAAAGUCCGGCAAAUUGUUUGAUGUGCUGGCAUCAAAGCAGGCACAGGAGGAUGCUGCAGAAGAAGGCAGCAAGCCAGAAGGUAAAGAGACCGAGGGGGCCGAGAUAGAUGCACUCCGCCAGCAGGCGCGCGACUUGUUGUUGGAAGGUGCUCAGAGCGGAAAGUUGUUGGAGGUCUUGCAAGGCACUCCUCUACAGGAGUCAGCCGAGUCAUCAGACUCAUCAGACGACGUGGACAAGUUGCGCCAGCAAGCGCGUGAAGCACUUCUGGAGGGAGCAAAGUCCGGCAAACUGUUCGAGGUUUUAUCUACGAAUAGUGACCAGACCGAGCAAUUAACAUCGCAGCCAGCCAACAAGCCGUCUUCAGAGGACGACAUGGACGACUUGCGCAGGCAGGCCCGUGAAGCCCUUCUGCUUGGUGCACAGUCUGGAAAGCUGAUGGAACUGCUGGCCAAGAACAGCGAGCAGAAAGCAGCGAGCAAGAGGGGCAGUGGGAUCGGGAGCACGAAUCCGGAUGAACUGGAAUUGCUUCGGCAGCAAGCGCGAGAGGCCCUAAUCCAGGGCGCCCAGAGUGGAAGGCUGCUAGAGGUCCUGGCGAAGCCGGAUGAGGCAGACGAGAUGUUCCAGCUCAAGAAGAAGUUAUGCGAGGCAAUUGCAGGAAGCAUGGAGACGGGAGAGCUGACAGAAGCUUUGAGGGAAGCCCGCGACUUGCGGACACAAGAGAUCGGUGACGCCUUACGGGACGGCGCCGAAUCUGGAAAGAUCCUUGAGGUUCUUGCAGAGAAGGUGGCCGGAACGGGUGGAGAGGAUGCGAAGCCGUUGGAAAUGACGCAGAAGCCUGAGGAGGUGGCCCAGAAGCUCUUGGAGACCUCAGAGGCGCUGAAGGCGACCCCAGAGGCGGAGAGGGCGACAGCGGUGGACUUGGCUCUCCAGCUAAAGCUUCUGCAGGACCAGAAGAGGACGAUGGCUGCAGAGAAAGAGUGCUUGGAAGACCUUUUAAAGGAGCUCGAGCUGAAGAACAGCGUGCUUCGAAGCAGGAGCAGGAGUUCUUCAAAGGAAGAGGCUGCUUAA